AUGAUGUAAUAGAUUAAAGAAUACUAAAAAUUAAAAGAAUUUUUAAGCUCUUCACUUUUAUCUCAUUAGGUUCUCUAUAUUAAUCUGGCCAAAAAAAAAAUUGGUGAUAAACGUGCAUCAGGCUUAUGUUCUGCUUUAGCAAAUUGUACUAACCUCUCAAAUUUGACACUUAAUCUUAAAAAUAAUUAAAUCAGCGAUUAAGAUGCAUCAGAUUUAGGUACUGCUUUAGCUAAAUGCACUAAUCUCUCAAAUUUGGUACUUGAUCUUAGUAUCAGUGAAAUUGGUGAUAAAGGUGCAUCAGAAUUGGGCUCUGCUUUAGCAAAUUGCACUAAUCUCUCAAAUUUGGUACUUGAUCUUAGUACCAAUCAAAUUCGUCCUCAAGGUGCAUCAUGCUUAGGCUCUGCAUUAGCAAAUUGCACUAAUCUCUCAAAUUUGGCACUUCAUCUUAGUGGUAAUUAAAUUGGUGCUUAAGGUGCAUCAGGCUUAAGUUCUGCUUUAGCUAAUUGCACUAAUAUCUCAAAUUUGACACUUUCUCUUUGCAUGAAUGAAAUUGGAGCAAUAGGCGCAUAAGGCUUAGGUUCUACUUUAGUAAAGUACACUAAUCUAUCAAUUUUGACACUUAAUCUUAGAAACAAUUAAAUUGGUGAUUAAGGUACAUUAAGCUUAGGUUCUGGUUUAGCAAAUUGCACUAAUCUCUCAAAUUUGGCACUUUACAUUGAUGAGAAUUAAAUUGGUGAUAAAUGUGUAUCAUACUUAGGUUCUGGUUUAGCAAAUUGCACUAAUCUCUCAAAUUUGACACUUGAUCUUAGUAAAAAUAAAAUUGGUGAUAAAGGUACAUCAGACUUAGGCUCUGCUUUAGCAAAUUGCACUAAUCUCUCAAAUUUGGCACUUUUUAUUCGUAGUAAUAAAAUUGGUGCUAACGGAGCAUUAGGUUUAGGUUCUGCUUUAGCAAAUUGCACUAAUCUCUCAAAUUUGGUACUCUAUCUUAAUAAAAAUAAAAUUGGUGACAUUGGUGCAUAAGGCUUAGGUUCUGCGUUAGCAAAUUGCACUAAUCUCUCAAAUUUGGUACUUAAUCUUAGUUAUAAUAAAAUUGGUGACCUUGGUGUAUAAGGCUUAGGUUCUAAUUUAGUAAAUUUCAUUAAUCUCUCAAAUUUGACACUUUACCUUAGUGGAAAUAAAAUUGGUGAUAAAGGUGCACCAUGCUUAGGUUCUGCUUUAGCAAAUUGCGCUAAUCUCUCAAAUUUAACACUUGAUCUUAGUGACAAUAAAAUUAUUACUGAUUAUGGUUUAUAAGGCUUAGGAUGUGGUUUAGGAAAAUCCACUACACUCUCAAUUUUGACACUUUUUCUUGAUCAAAAUUAAAUUGAUAAUGAAGAUGUAUCAGGCUUAGGUACUGCUUUAGCAAAUUGCAUUAAUCUCUCAAAUUUGACACUUGACCUUUUUUACAAUUAAAUUACAGCUAUGGGUGCAUCAGGCUUAGGUUCUGCUUUAGCAAAUUGCAUUAAUCUCUCAAAUUUGAGACUUAACUUUGGUUAGAAUUAAAUUGGUGAUGAAGGUGCAUCAGGCUUAGGUUCUGCUUUAGCAAAUUGCAUUAAUCUCUCAAAUUUGAGCACUUGA